AGCCGAAACUCUUUCAAUGUGACCAGUGUCGAUUUCGUUUUGCAACCUACGUGGAGCUCCAAGUGCAUUUCGAUUACCUGCACAUGAGUGUCCGAAAGUGUUUUGCUUGCAAGGUGAAAUUUACGAAGCAAAAUGAUAUGCUGAUGCACAUGAUGAAGGUUCAUGCAGAUGACACGAAAUUCAUCUGCGACAACUGUGAUGACGCUUUCCUCUCGAAGGAAGAACUUGACAAUCAUCGUAGGAGAUGCAAGGCAAAUACUACACCCGCGAGUCAGACGAAACAGGCACCACGGACUCCACCGGUGGAGUUGCCUCAGGCUGCGUCACUGAUAGCCUACGCGACACGGUCUCAACGGCGUCAAGCACCACCGCCUAAAACACCCUCUACCCUUGGUGAGUAA